AAUUGAGUCUUUGAACUGCGUACUACUAUAUUUCAAAUUUUGGUUUUUGGGAGACAAUGUCUUCUGGGGGAGAAGUAGCCGAACAUGUUAAAUCAGCAGCCCAAGAUCUUCCUCCGGCACAAAGUUAUCCAUGGCUUUUGAUAUCUGAUGGUAAACAGUGCGAAAAACACUAUUUUUUCAGUGUCACGGAGAACCAAUGCUAUAAGAGAGAGAUUUGUUGGUUGCGCAACCAAAUUAUUUUUUGUAGUAGUCAUGGCUGGAUUGUGUCACAAGACAAGGAUACGAAGAUUUGCUAUCUUUCUAAUCCUGUUUCCACCCAAAGCCUUGAGCUUCCACCAUGCUCCAAAUCAAUCAGGAGGGUUUUCCUUUCUAAAUCGCCUGGUGAUCCUGAUUGCUUUAUCUUCAUCUUUGGAUAUGAUCAGGGGAAUAUCGAGUUUUGCAAGUUGGGCGACCAGAAAUUCGUGGAACAGAAUACCACGUUGGGAGACCGCCAUCUUUCGGAACUUAUAGUUUUCAAAGGAAAAAUAUAUGGCUUAAUGUCAUGUUUUCGCUGUUUUGCCUUGGUAACUGUUGACAUAGUAGGAUCAACCCUGCAAAUCAAACCAUUGAUCAAGGACGGUUUACCCUUCCAAAUAAGGUGCCCGUUGCCUCCAGAAAACAACGCUUACGAUACUUAUAUGAUUAAUUCACACGAUGGUGAAGAAGUUUUAUUUGUUUUCAAAAUCUACUCGGCGUCUUUAGAUUAUCAAGUUUCAGAGUUCAAGGUUUUCCGCUUAGAUUUCGACAACAUGAUCAGUGAAGAGUUGGAAGACAUAGGAGGGGAACGUGCGAUUUUCGUGUGUCACUUCUAUGGAAUGCCAUGCUCCAGAUCCGAACCAGGAAUAAAGGCUAACUCUAUUUACUAUGUUGAAGGGAAUGAUAACAGACUCUAUGUGCACAACCUGGAAAAUAAAAGCAGGUUGUUGAAGCUCCCAUGUCCAAUUGCCACACAUGAUGCAUGGUUAUCUUGGGUUAUGAUAUAG